CCUAUCAGAUCCCCUUCGCCCCUCCACCGGCUGGGCAUGAGUUCAUUGACAUCCCCGACCUUCCGCCGGUAUGUAUCACUGCACUUCGUACAGUCAUUUCAUUUCAGUUUACUUGAUAUUCCACAGAAUAUUGAUGCAUCUGAUACUUUUGCAGGCUUCUUCUGAGUACACCCGUCAGUCGUUGGCGAUGAAUGCCUCGAUGAUGGGGAUGCUCCAGCGGACAUUUGACCUUCUAGCCGUCUACAGCAUACCGCCUCCUUUCCAGAUUCCCAUGGCAGGAGGUGCUCCAGCUAGACCUGCUGUCCCUGCUCGGAGGAGAGAUGAGGAGGGCAGGACAUUUCCCCGUACCAGGGGAGGGCGUACUCAUGUCGGGAGUAGCUCGCGAGCUCCAGUCCCGGACGAUGACGACGACGAGGAGUCAGAGGCGGAGGCAGGGUCAUCGGAGGAGGAGACCGGAGACGGUUCUAGCUCGGGCUCUGAUGACGACGCUGAUGAUGCUCCUGGACCUUCGUCCAGGAAGAGGACCAGGACGGACUGACAGCCCUUGGAGUCGCUGGACAUAGAUGCAGAUUUUUGCUAUCUUUUCUUUCUUUCUUUGUACUUUUCUUUUUGUUGGUAGAUAGAUUACCUUGUACUGCCGCAGGCAGAUUUUUGUUUCCAAAACUUGUACAUUUGAAAAGCUAAGUAAAUGAA